CUUUCGCCAGCUCCUUCCGCUCCGCUUCGCUGUCCGGUCUUGCCGGUCUUGUCUGUCUUGUCUCCGUCUUUUGCACCGACAGAGGAUACGUCUUGUCGUGCAGAAACCGAGUUUUUGGCUGUAAUAUUCUGGUUGUGCCUCCAAGUGCCCCAGUUUCGCCACCAUGGCGUCCGUCAGCGUCGAAUCUCCAGAGAUUGCCGCUGCGUCUCUUCGCGUGGCGCUGCCAUUCUGGACACACCUCUACGCUGCCCCAUUCCUUGCGCUUUACCCUCUUUGGGCGUACGCCUAUUUCAUCAAAUAUGAUACCUGGAUACAGAGUGAAGAGUGGACGUUCGUGGGCUGUGUCCUGCUUGGUGCUGGACACGCCCUCAGCUUCUUGGUCACGCGCUGGAAUGCGGGUGCGAAGGCAUGGGUGACCACGAAAGCCGCUAAAUCUCUUGAACAAGCCGACUGCAUUCGGAUCAUCCCCAACCUUCACCGCGGUGAAGGCGAGAUCGUCUCGCUCGUCAAGAAGGUCCCCUCGGACCCGCUCUCCUACUCGUUCAACUACCAGCGUGACACCUACGUCCUCCUAACCCCGCCGCCGAGUACCACCUUCGGCAAGCUGCCCUACCCAUCCUCACGCAAGCCGCCGCUAUCGACAUAUCAGGUGCCGAAGGGCCUGACUUCCUCCGAGCUUGCCUCCGCCGCGAGCUUGUACGGGAAGAACGAGUUCAAUAUCCCGGUACCGAGCUUCUUGGAACUGUUCGGCGAGCACGCGACCGCGCCGUUCUUCGUUUUCCAGAUCUUCUGCGUCGCGUUAUGGUGCCUGGACGAGUACUGGUACUAUAGUCUCUUCACGUUGUUCAUGCUCGUCGUGUUCGAGUGCACGACCGUCACGCAGCGCCUCAACACGCUCAAAGAGUUUCGAACAAUGUCCAUUACCCCCUUCCCGAUCCAGUGCCUGCGUAAUGCGCAGUGGACUGUCGUUCAGACCGACGAGCUGCUUCCAGGCGACGUUGUCUCCAUCGUUCGCCAGCAGAACGAGACUUCGGUUCCUGCCGAUAUUCUCCUCGUCAAGGGCUCCUGCAUCGUCAAUGAGGCCAUGCUCUCCGGCGAGUCCACGCCCCUACUCAAGGAAUCGAUACAGCUGCUGGAAGGAGACGAGAAGCUCGACGUGGAUGGCCAGCAUCGCAAUGCUGUCCUGUUCUCUGGCACGAAGGUGCUCCAGGCUACUCCCGGAGGCGAUACUCCCGACGGUGGUUGCCUCGGCGUUGUGCUCCGGACUGGUUUUGGUACGGCGCAGGGCCAGCUCGUGCGCACGAUGAUUUUCUCUACUGAACGCGUGUCCGCAAACAACCUGGAGUCGUUCCUCUUCAUCGGAUUCUUGCUUAUCUUCGCCAUUGCCGCCAGCUGGUAUGUCUGGGUUAAAGGUAUCGAACGCGGGCUGAAGAAGAGCAAGCUGUUGUUGGACUGCGUGUUGAUUGUAACCAGUGUCGUGCCGCCCGAGUUGCCGAUGGAGCUAUCGCUUGCCGUGAAUGCGUCCCUCGUGGCGCUUUCUAAGUUCGCUAUAUUCUGCACGGAACCGUUCAGAAUUCCGUUCGCUGGCCGCGUAGAUGUGUGUUGCUUUGACAAGACUGGCACGAUCACUGCCGAGAACUUGGUCGUUGAGGGUGUCGCUGGCGUCGACGUGAAGGACCCCUUGAAGCUUGUAGACGUCAAGGAAACGACCAAGGAAACCACCCUGUGCUUGGCCGCCGCGCACGCGCUUGUGAGGCUGGAUGAUGGAACGGUCGUGGGUGACCCGAUGGAGAAGACAACACUGGAAGCGCUCAAAUGGAAGGUCGACAAAGGCGACACGGUCUCCCCGGAGGCUGCUACGAACACGUCUGCCGCUAUCCGCAUCAGGCGCCGUUUCCAGUUCUCCUCGGCUUUGAAGCGCAUGUCGACGGUUUCGUCGCUUCCAAACGGGCGCACCCUUAUCGCAGUGAAAGGCGCGCCGGAAACGAUCAAGGGUAUGUUGAGUAAGGUGCCAGAGGGUUACGACGAUACUUUCAAGUGGUUCACCCGCCGAGGGAGCCGAGUGCUCGCUCUCGGUGUGAAGGAGGGCGAUAGCAUGAGCGUAGAGAAGAUCAACAAGUUGCCUCGGGAUCAAGUAGAGAACGGGUUGACGUUCGCUGGCUUCUUGGUAUUCCAUUGCCCACUUAAGGCGGAUGCUGUGCAAGCCCUGCAGAUGCUCGCGGAUUCGUCACAUCGCUGCAUCAUGAUCACUGGUGAUAACCCUCUCACUGCGGUUCAUGUAGCGAAGGAUGUUGAGAUUGUGGAUCGGGACGCGCUUAUCCUCGACCUGAAAGAAAACGCUGCCAGCGAAUCAGACCUGGUAUGGCGUACCGUGGAUGAUAGCAAGAGCGUCCCCGUCAACCCUGCUGAACCGCUGGACACCUCCCUCUUUGACGAGUACGAUGUCUGCAUUACUGGCCCAGCGCUCAAACAAUACGAGAAUCGCGAGGAGAGCUUGCAUCAGCUGGUCCAGAAUACAUGGGUAUACGCGCGUGUAUCUCCCUCGCAGAAGGAGCUAAUACUCAACACCCUCCGUGUGCUCGGAUACACAACGCUUAUGGCUGGUGACGGAACGAACGACGUCGGUGCUCUCAAGCAGGCGCAUAUCGGUGUUGCGCUCUUGGACGGCACUCCGGAGGAUCUGCAGAAGAUUGCGGAGCAUCAACGGCUGUUACGCAUGAAGAAGGUGUACGAGAGCCAACUGAAGCUGACACAGCGGUUCAAUCAACCGCCGCCACCGGUGCCGCCCGCGCUCGCUCAGGCAUUCCCCGAGCUCGUACAGACGCAGCAGCAGGUCGCGCAGGACCUUCAGGUAGCGAGACAGAGAAAUCCUGCGGAAAGAUUCGACCUGAGCGCGCUCACGGAAAAGAUGUCGGAGAUGGACGAGGAAGAUGUACCCAAGAUCAAGUUGGGUGACGCCAGCUGUGCUGCACCCUUCACGUCCAAGCUCUCCAACGUCUCUGCCAUUACUAGUAUCAUCCGGCAGGGCCGCUGCACCCUUGUGGCCACGAUUCAGAUGUACAAGAUUCUUGCCCUGAACUGUCUCAUCACUGCCUACAGUCUCAGCGUGCAGUAUCUUGAUGGCAUCAAGUAUGGGGACUACCAGGUCACCAUCACUGGCAUGUUAAUGUCGGUAUGCUUCUUGUGCAUCUCACGAGCUAAGCCCGUUGAGAAAUUAUCCCGGGAGCGUCCUUUAGGGAACAUUUUCAACUUCUACGUGUUGCUCUCGGUCUUGCUGCAAUUUGCUCUGCAUAUCGUGACGAUGGUAUACAUCACAAAUCUCGCUCACAGUAAUGAAGAGCGUGGUCCUAUCGACCUUGAUGCCAAAUUCGAGCCCAGCCUUCUCAACACUGCCAUUUACCUCCUCGGUCUGUCACAGCAAGUAUCCACCUUUGCCAUCAACUACCAGGGUCGCCCAUUCCGCGAGAGUAUCCGGGAGAACAAGUACCUGUAUUGGGGCUUGGUCGGUGCCCAAUCCGUGGCGGUCUCUGGUGCUACCGACUUCAUGCCGGAACUCAACCGCUGGUUGCAGAUUGUGGAGAUGCCAGGCUUCUUCAAAUUCAGGCUCUCCGUGUCGAUGGCCCUUGACUUCGUUGGCUGUUAUAUCAUUGAAAAGGUCUGCAAGUAUUUCUUCGCAGAUCUUGAGCCGAAGCCGCUUGUCACCCGGGGUCGCGAACGGCGGGAGCAAAGGAGAGCGGUGCAGGAAAAGGUCAAGGCAGAGGAGGCAGCCAAAGCUGCUGCUGCUGAGACCGAAAAGAAGGUUCAAUAGAUAUUCAUAUAAUUGAUCUACUUGGUACACCCCCAAUCAUAUAGAUGCUCUGUCAUUCACGGAAGGUAUAUCUCGU